AGCCCUCCUUCCUUUCCAUACACCUUGCAUUAGGCGGAGAGAGGCAGCCGGGGCAGCAGCCAGGGUUUGUGCACAGAGAAAGGCCGACUUUAGGGACCUGCAGACGGACGGAAGGACGGAAAGGACCCUCCCUUAGCUCCCGCGCGAUGGCCGAGAGGAAGCAAUCCGGGAAGGCGGCAGAGGACGAAGAGGUCCCUGCCUUUUUUAAAAACCUGGGCUCAGGCAGCCCCAAACCCCGGCAGAAAUUCUGUGGCAUGUUCUGCCCGGUGGAAGGGUCCUCGGAGAACAAGACCAUCGACUUCGACUCGUUGUCGGUGGGCCGGGGCUCGGGGCAAGUGGUGGCUCAGCAGCGGGACGUCGCCCACUUGGGCCCGGACCCGCAGCCACUGUACUCCCGGCAGGGCCGGCGCGCCGGCGGGGAGCCAUCUGUUGAAUCCGGCCGGAAGGUGGAGAUCCGGCGGGCCUCGGGCAAGGAAGCCCUGCAGAACAUCUACGACCAGAGUGAUCGUCUUCUAAUCAAAGGAGGUAAAAUUGUUAAUGAUGACCAGUCCUUCUAUGCAGACAUAUACAUGGAAGAUGGGUUGAUCAAGCAAAUAGGAGAAAACCUGAUUGUGCCAGGAGGGGUGAAGACCAUCGAAGCCCAUUCCAGGAUGGUGAUUCCUGGAGGGAUUGACGUCCACACCCGCUUCCAGAUGCCUGACCAGGGAAUGACCUCUUCUGACGACUUCUUUCAAGGCACCAAGGCAGCCUUGGCCGGGGGGACCACCAUGAUCAUUGACCAUGUCGUGCCUGAGCCCGGGACGAGCCUGCUGGCCGCCUUCGACCAGUGGAGGGAAUGGGCCGACAGCAAAUCCUGCUGUGACUACUCUCUGCAUGUGGACAUCACCGAGUGGCAUAAGGGCAUCCAGGAGGAGAUGGAGGCCCUGGUGAAGGACCACGGGGUAAAUUCCUUCCUGGUGUACAUGGCUUUCAAAGAUCGCUUCCAGCUAACAGAUUCCCAGAUCUAUGAAGUACUGAGUGUGAUCCGGGAUAUUGGCGCGAUUGCCCAAGUCCACGCAGAAAAUGGUGACAUCAUUGCAGAGGAGCAGCAGAGAAUCCUGGAUUUGGGCAUCACAGGCCCUGAGGGACACGUGCUGAGCCGGCCUGAGGAGGUGGAGGCCGAAGCGGUGAAUCGUUCUAUUACCAUCGCCAACCAGACCAACUGCCCCCUGUACAUCACCAAGGUGAUGAGCAGGAGCGCGGCCGAAGUGAUCGCCCAGGCCCGCAAGAAGGGAACCGUGGUGUAUGGCGAGCCCAUCACCGCCAGCCUGGGGACUGAUGGCUCCCACUACUGGAGCAAGAACUGGGCCAAGGCCGCAGCGUUUGUCACCUCCCCACCCCUGAGCCCCGACCCGGCCACUCCGGACUUUCUGAACUCCUUGCUGUCCUGUGGAGAUUUACAGGUCACAGGCAGUGCCCACUGUACUUUCAACACGGCCCAGAAGGCUGUCGGGAAGGACAACUUCACCCUGAUCCCUGAGGGUACCAACGGCACCGAGGAGCGGAUGUCCAUCAUCUGGGAUAAGGCCGUGGUCACCGGGAAGAUGGACGAGAACCAGUUCGUAGCCGUGACCAGCACCAAUGCAGCCAAAGUCUUCAACCUGUACCCCCGGAAAGGCCGCAUUGCUGUGGGGUCUGACGCUGACCUGGUCAUCUGGGACCCUGACAGCGUUAAAACCAUCUCUGCCAAGACCCACAACAGCUCUCUCGAGUACAACAUCUUCGAAGGCAUGGAGUGCCGUGGCUCCCCUCUGGUGGUCAUCAGCCAGGGCAAGAUUGUCCUCGAGGACGGCACCCUUCAUGUCACCGAAGGCUCUGGACGCUACAUCCCCCGGAAGCCCUUCCCUGAUUUUGUUUACAAGCGUAUCAAGGCGAGGAGCCGACUGGCGGAGCUGAGAGGGGUUCCUCGUGGCCUGUACGACGGACCCGUGUGCGAGGUGUCUGUGACCCCCAAGACAGUCACUCCAGCCUCCUCGGCUAAGACCUCUCCGGCCAAGCAGCAGGCUCCGCCUGUCCGGAACCUGCACCAGUCUGGAUUCAGCCUGUCUGGUGCUCAGAUCGAUGACAACAUUCCUCGCCGCACCACCCAGCGCAUCGUGGCCCCCCCGGGUGGCCGAGCCAACAUCACCAGCCUGGGCUAGAGCUGCAGGGCCACCGUCCACCUGGGGCUGGGGGCCGGGACACACCUGAGGACAUUCUGAGAGUUUCUUCCCUCCUUUUUUUUUUUUUAAGAGCCUGUGAUAGUUACUGUGGGGCAGCCAGUCCACGGGGACCCCUGGAGACAUUGACCUUGUUCACCCACGUCCCUAUAUGUCUACGAAUAUGGCACCCAACCCCAUACAUGACUGCAUCCAGCACUCAGACAUGCGAAACAAAAGCACCUCACAGCGAGGGCGGUUUUCCUGUCCAGCCUCUGUCGUAUCUGUUCUCAGCUUCCUUUUCAUGGCGGGAGUGGGGGAUAGAGUGAACUGCCCAGAGCUGCAUUUUUCUUUUUAAAAUUUUAAACAUGUUUUCUUUGUGGGGCUGGGGGAGGGUGGGUGGGGGUGGGGGGAGUUUUUUUUUUUAGUACUACACGGGAAGCCGAAUCACUAUUCACACUAGGGGUUUGAACUGGGCAUCUGAAGGAUGCAGUUGUACACCCACCGAGCUGACCCGGAGUGGUCGGCAGACUUGUCCCAUCUCUCCUGAGAGGCUCUGGAAUGUCUGCAUCGUCAUUCCAUAAUCUGCUGGGUCAACGUUUGAUAAAGAGCAGGUGUUCUUUUUGGCCUAGAUCUUGCUGCAGAUUCAAUUUUUUGAGGAUUCCCUUCUCUCCUCUCUUCUGUUCUCUCUCUAGCUUUUACAUUCAUGCAUAUUUUCACUUCUGUCUCUGUGUUUCCUCUAGCCCUUGUUUCUGAGAGGAUAUUUUUUCUCUCCUUCCCCCAUUGUCUUUUCAGAUGACCAGGUCUACCGUCUACUGUAGUCCUAAGAAUCUGCCUUGCAGGAUGUGAGCUUUGUCCCCCUAGAAUACUCUGUCCUCGUCCAUAUAAGGCUGGUGCCACCCACCCCCCAUCACAGGGAUAUGCGUUUGAGUUUAAGACGCUUCCCAGGUUCAGAGAAAGACCGAGUUAUUCACCAACAGUGUUACCGGUGACCUGUCACAGAACAGAACCUCCAUAGAGCCGGGAUGUUGAAGAAGUCAGGGUGUAGGACUUGAGAGUUUUUUUCCUCCAUGCAGUGUUAAUUGGCUGAAGACAUGAUCAAAUCUAAAUUGAGCCCAGAACCCAAGGAAGCCAGCCAGCUCCAAGCCAGCCACCAGCUCACAGGGGUGGCACUUUGUGGCAAAAAAAUACUUUUUCUUAUCCAGUUAUUUCAAAAGAUAUCAUGCAGUAGUUCCCCCAUAUCCAUGGGGAGGCCUUCUGAGACCCCAGGGGAUGCCUGAAACCCUGUGUAUACUGUUUUAUCCUAUACAUGCAUACCUGUGAUAAAGUUUAAUUUAUAAAUUAGGCACAGUAAGAGAUGAACAAUAAUAAAUAAACUAAGACAAUUAUAACAAGAGACUAAUAAAGGUCACAGGAAUGUGAUCUCUCAAAAUAUCUUAUUAUACUAUAUUCAUCCUUCUCGUGAUGGUAGGAGGUGAUAAAAUGCUGCGUGAUGAGAUGAAGAGGCGAACAGCGUAGGUGCUGUGACGUCGUGUUAGGCUAUAUGGACCUGACAAUAUGUCAGAAGGAGCAUCAUCUGGACCACAGGUAACAAACUGCAGAAAGCAAAACCCCGGGUAACAGGGGGCUGCCAUAUAGGGAGGCCUUCCAAACAGCAAAUUUGACUUAGAAAGUCCAUUUUACUUUGCAAGAGUAAAAAUCUGUUUAAUGAGUGACAGGGUGAUGUAUCAUAACUGUUCGGGGGCGGGGGGGGAAAUACCAAAUGUGUGGCGCCUUUGAGACCACAGGUGACCUGGUGUCCCCAUGCCUUCUGCUCCUUGUCUCAGUGACUCUUGCCACCAGCUGCCUUGUGCCCACCCUGUCUGCGGAUUGUGUUGCGUUUCCUCCCGUGUGCGUGCGUGUACAGGUUCUCCUAAGCCGCGCUGUUUGCCGCUUUUAUAGAACCCAGUCCGCUCUUGUGAAGCAUCGCAGACACAAGUGGGUCACUGUGUCACCGCCCGUGUCUCUCCACACUUGUCUUGCCUCUGGGAUUACGGUUGAGGUUUCUUUUGUUGUUGUUGUUUAUUUGUUAUUUUGAAAGUAAAUUGCACUUUUAAAGAAGAAUAAUUGGUUAACUUAAUAUAUUUGCUUUUGUUCUCUCCUGUACUUAGAGGAAAUUUGAACAAGUUGGAAAAAAACCCGUUUUUUGUUUCAAUUCUGAGAAACACUUGCAGCUCUUCAGGGUUCACUUGGGCCUUCCUGUUUUCCCUGUGCCAGGUCAGGGUAGUUUUGGUUAUUUUGAUUGUUUUCUCGAAAAAAACUUGAGACCUGAAGAUUUCCGCAGGCUGUAUAAGCAUGUCUCCCUCUUGGCUUGCUGUGUGUCUGUUAAACGGAUGUCAUAUGUAAAUGCUAAGAUAAACUGACAGUGUCUCAGAGCUGAAUAACCGCAGUGACUUGAUGCUCUAAAACAGUGUAGGAUUUAAUACUAGAUGGUUUUUAAUCCUUGGAAUUGUGAUUGUGACCCAUGAGUGGAGGAAGUUCCAGCGCUGAAGCUGAUCAUGUGUGUAGCCAGAAAAAUACCCCUUUUUUUUUGUAACCACUGUCUUAAUGGCAAAAUAAUUAUGGUAAAAAAAAAAAAAACAAGUCUCGUGUUUAUUAUUCCUUAAGAACUCUGUGUUAUAUUACCAUGGAACGCCUAAUAAAGCAAAAUGUGGUUGUUUCA